UCAUUCGGGUUAGAUCCGGGUUGUCUUGAAUUAGACAUGCCCAUGUCUGAAUUUGCUGUUGCUUUUGAUUUAUCAUCCAAAUUAUCAGCGGAGAGAGCUAUAUGUGUAUCACCAUUGAUAUGGAAAGUCAAGAGGUUGCUGAAUAUUGGGUCUGAGAAGGAAUUGAGAGGAGCCAUUAAAAUGGUUAAUCUUCUAGCUGAUGAAGUUAUUAAGCAGAGGAGAAAAUUGGGUUUUUCAUCAAACCAAGACUUGCUAUCAAGAUUCAUGGGUACGGUCAACGACGACACGUAUUUAAGAGACAUUGUCAUCAGUUUUGUUUUAGCCGGAAGGGAUACGGUCGCCGCCGCGUUGACUAGUUUCUUUUGGUUGUUAUCAAAUCAUAAGGAAAUUGAGUCGAGGAUACUGGAAGAGUCGAAUCGGGUUAUGGGUACGGAUCAAGAGUUGAAACCGAGUUAUGAACAAACAAGAGAAAUGCCUUACUUACAAGCUUGUUUAUAUGAGAGCAUGAGACUUUAUCCACCAGUACAGUUUGAUUCUAAGUUUGCUCUUGGAGAUGAUGUGUUUCCUGAUGGUACGUUUAUCCGGAAAGGUACACGGGUAACGUAUCACCCGUAUGCGAUGGGUCGGAUGGAACAAGUUUGGGGUUCGGAUUGUCUCGAGUACAAACCGGAAAGAUGGCUUCAAAAGGGUUUGUUCUCGCCAGAAAGUCUGUUUAAGUACCCGGUAUUUCAAGGGGGAGUAAGGGUUUGUUUAGGAAAAGAAAUGGCAUUAGUUGAAAUGAAAAAUGUUGCUCUUUCUUUGAUCAGAAGGUUUAAAAUCAUAGCAACUGAUGAAUCGUUAAAGAAACCGAAAUUUGCCCCGGGGUUAACGGCGACAGUUAACGGAGGUUUUCCGGUUAUGGUUAGCAAAAGAUGACCCGUUUUAUGAUAUGAGUCGGGUCGGGUUUGUGUAGGAUCAUGAUACCCACUAGCGAGCAUGUUAGCAAUUUUUAGAGUAAAAAGAAUAUAUAUAUUUACAGAUAAAAAUAGAUGUAUUAGGAGAGACCGUCGUGGGGACCCAAAGGCAUCCCUUGUUUUUUCUUUGGGUUGGUCUCUCGGGCUGUUUCUCCAUGGAGAAAUCUCUUUUAAGUUUUUUCGGGUGUGCCUAAAAUCAUUUAAUGUCUAAGAUUGGAUCUUAUGGAGA